GUUGCGAGCGCCCCUGGGUCUUCUCCAGCUCGGCAGGCUCCGUUCUUGGGAUUCGGAUCCUGCUGCGGCCGCCAUUGGUUCCAGGGGCCAUGCUGGGCUGCGCACGGCGGGUUUGGCUGGUCGAGUGAGCGCCUGGGCUGUUGAGCUCCCCCGCCUUUUCCACCGGCCGAUUACCUGGACUAGCAAAGGAAGACAGAACAGAACAGAACAGAGCAGGGCAGGUUGUGCCUUCGGUCUCGAAGAGGGGGACGGGGACGGGGACGGGGACGGCUCGUGCCGCUUCUCCUGAGCGCGCUUCGCCUAGUCUGUAGGCGCAAAGCGGAGACCCGUCCGCGAGUUUGAAAGAGAUGUCUUCCGCAGCAUCCCCUUUUCCCCGGCUGUGCUGAGCUUGCCGUGGGGCUCCCGCGCCGGUUCCGGAUCGGAUUCGAGUUUCUUAAUUCGGUUCUGCCCAUUUCUGUCCGAAGAGGCGACGAUCAUGCUGGGCGCAGGGAGCGAGAGUUCGGGGCGCCUCUGGAUGCUUUGGGGUCUCUGGAGCGUCGCGCUUUGGCUGCCUAGUAUGGAAGCGUGUCCCAGUAAAUGUACCUGCUCUGGAUCCAAUGUGGAUUGUCACGGAUUGGGACUUAAAACGGUGCCCCGAGGCAUUCCCAGGAAUGCGGAGAGACUUGACUUAGACAGAAACAAUAUUACAAGGAUUACAAAGGUGGACUUUGCUGGGCUUAAGAAUCUUCGUGUUCUGCAUUUGGAAGAGAAUCUAAUUAGCGUGAUAGAACGUGGAACAUUUCAAGAUCUAAAACAACUAGAACGACUACGCCUGAACAGAAAUAAACUGCAAGUUCUUCCAGAACUGCUUUUUCAGAACACACUGAAGCUAACCAGACU